CUUUGCGAUCGCAACAAGGAAGCAUCAUGUCGGGUGACGGGUACGACCGACACAUCACGAUCUUCUCGCCGGAAGGCCGCUUGUUCCAAAUUGAGUAUGCGUUCAAGGCGGUGAAGGAAAGCAACUUGACGUCGGUGGCUGUCCGCGGCGCCAAGUCGUGCGUGGUUGUGACACAGAAGAAAGUCCCGGAUAAAUUAAUCGACCCUGACUCGGUGACUAACAUCUUUAAGAUUACCCCGGCCAUCGGCGCGCUCUUGACAGGCCUCUACGCUGAUGCCAAGGCGCAAGUCCAACGACUGAGAUACGAGGCGCAUGAAUUCGAACACAAGUUUGGGUACCCCGUCCCCGUGCAUGUGCUUGCAAAGCGUUUGGCUGAUAUAUCCCAAGUGUACACCCAACACGCUUCCAUGCGUGCCCUUGGCGUGAUCACCAUUCUCAUUGGCAUUGACGAAGAGAAGGGACCCCAGCUGUACAAAAUCGACCCUGCCGGCAACUUUCGCGGGUACAAGGCGACGUCGGCGGGUGUAAAGGACCAGGAAGCGACUAACUACUUGGAAAAGAAGAUCAAAGCGAACGACAGCUUGGACCAUGAAGGCACGGUGCACUGCGCCAUCACGUGCUUGCAGUCGGUGCUGUCGGCGGACUUCCGCCCCUCGGAAAUUGAAGUUGGUGUCGUCGUCCAAGGCGAACGAUUCCGCAAGUUGACCGAAGAUGAAAUCGAUGCGUACUUGACAGCGAUCAGCGAGCGCGAUUAGCUCGGCUACCAUACCAUCACCUCAACGGUCUCCCAUGCGUCUCCGUGGAUUGAAUUCUCUUAACAGUCGUAACAUGGCUAUUCCGUGACUGGAGUGGGAUGUUGCGUCGGAAUGGGUCAGUUGCAACCAGGUUUAUGAACAACGCGACAUCGUCGUGCAGGUCCAACCUCGUCACUUCGUCAACACGCCUGCAUCGCGUGAUCCAACGAGCGCAUGCGCAGGUCUCGCAUGGGUGCACACACUGACGAAGCGUGUCAUCGCGUUACUUAAAUUCUAUCGAGCUCGUGAUCCGCGGCAUUAAUCGGCCUUGAUUUCGCCCUUCGACGUCAAGAACGCAAACAUCCGACCAAAGUACACAAGAUAGCAGAUGAGCAUGAGCACCAACGUGAUAACAAACACCCCAGACCCUUCGCCGCCAGAAGGGAUCCCUCCCUUUUCGUUGUAGUGAACGUUGGAAUACCCGUAGUCGCGGUAGAUGGGGAAGCCGGUGAGCCAGAACAGGAUGUUGCUCACGACCAAGUUGAAUCCCCAUCCAGUGUUGUCCAGGACGAAUGCGACAACGGUUCGCUUCGGCGCGGCGGCGGCGGCGGCUGUCAUGUUGUUGUUGGAAUCCGA